AUGAGUUCCUAUUUCGUGAACUCCACCUUCCCCGUCACUCUGGCUAGCGGGCAGGAGUCCUUCCUGGGCCAGCUACCGCUCUACUCGUCCGGCUAUGCGGACCCGCUGAGGCACUACCCUGCGCCUUAUGGGCCCGGGCCCGGUCAGGACAAGGGCUUUGCUGCUUCCUCUUAUUAUCCGCCAGCCGGCGGCGGCUACGGCCGCGCGGCGCCUUGCGACUACGGGCCGGCGCCGGCCUUCUACCGCGAGAAGGAGUCGGCCUGCGCGCUCUCGGGCGCGGAGGAGCCGCCCCCGUUCCAUCCCGAGCCGAGGAAGUCCGACUGCGCGCAGGACAAGAGCGUGUUUGGCGAAACCGAGGAGCAGAAGUGCUCCACUCCAGUCUACCCGUGGAUGCAGCGGAUGAAUUCGUGCAACAGUUCCUCCUUUGGGCCUAGCGGCCGGCGAGGCCGCCAGACCUACACGCGUUACCAGACGCUGGAACUGGAGAAGGAAUUUCACUACAAUCGGUACCUGACGCGGCGGCGGCGCAUCGAGAUUGCGCACGCCCUGUGCCUGACUGAGAGGCAGAUCAAGAUCUGGUUCCAGAACCGACGCAUGAAGUGGAAAAAGGAGAGCAAACUGCUCAGCGCGUCUCAGCUCAGUGCCGAGGACGAGGAUGAGAAACCCGCCGAGUGA